AUGCCAUUGUCUACAUUGAUUUCAUGGGUUCCAAUGAUACCAUUAGCCAUUGAAAGACUACUCAAUUCAUUGACUGAUGGUCAAAGAAUACAUGAUCAGGAUCAGCUGGCCAAUGAAAGUAGACAACGGUACGCACAACUAGAGCAAAACCUAAGAGAACAGCAACAGAGAAACUAUGCUUUGGCUGCUCAAAAUCAACAAUUGUCUGAACAAUUAGCAAUACAAGAACGUAGUGAGAUAAACGAUGUCUUAACAUCUCAAAUUCAACAUUUUGUCAAGCCAAUCAAUUUGAAUGAGAAAGAAGCAAAUGAUAAAAAUGAUUUUCCAACUUUUCAAGAUCAAUGUGCAUUCGUUCCAAUAACAAUCAAUCAGAAACAACGAAAGCAAAUAGAUAAUGUUCCGAUUCAUCAACCACAUGGAAGCAAUAGUCAUCCAGUUGCUUCAAAUCAACGAUUCUCUGAGCAAAUUCAGACGAAUGACGAAUUAGCCGUCGAAAACAAAGAACUACAACAACAAUUAGACAAUUAUCAAAAAGAACACGAAGAACAAUUGAAAGCAAUGAACAAACUUAUGGUAGAAAUGAAAGAGAAGAAGUUGAAUUCAUUUGAAGCUAUUGAAAACAAUGACAAAACAGCAAAAGAAGCACUUAUUCAUUUAGCAAAACAAGCUAAACCGAUACGAAUGGAAGGUAAGAAUGUUGCUCUAUUUGGCUUAACAUCAACAGGAAAAUCAACAUUACUCAAUAAUCUCAUUGGUGAGAAAAGAGCUGCAACGGGUAUUGGUGAAACGACUGUGACAAUAAAAUCUUAUCCUAGUAAAUAUUUUAUUCUUUGGGAUAUUCCUGGUCGAAAUGAUGAAAUUUCAUAUUUGAGUUUGGAAUAUAUAUCACUUUUCAAAGGAUUAACACGCCGUCUUAUUCUUAUUCAGUCUACUAUCAAAGAAAAUUCGAGUAUGAUGCAGUUUUUAGAUGCGAUUGAUCUUAAUUAUGAUAUUGUUGUUAACAAAAUGGAUCGUGUUGAAGAAGAAGAACGAGCAGAGUUUUGUGAACAAAUACGACAAGAAAUUCAGAAAAUUGGAUUGAAAAGUGUAGGCCAUUUAUUUUUUGUUAGCGCUAAAUAUCCAGCACAAUUUUCCGACUGGCUUGGAAUGGUAAACUAUUUAACAAAUUCUCCACAAUAA